UAUACAGUAAAUCGAAAAGUCGACAUUCCGAAAUUGCUAAAGUUAAAAACGUGUUAGUACAUAUUCUAUCAAUAUUUUUUAUCUAUAAAAUAGAAAUUUUUUUACAACAGACAAUUUGUACUUUAGUGAUAAUGUCAAUGCGAUAUUUAAGAAAAAUUCAAAAUCAUGGCAAUAAAAAAAUUGAUGUAGAAAAUAUUGAAACAUCUGUUGUAUCUACUAAAAAUCAUAAUAACGAUAAUAAUGUCACUCAAAAGACAGUAAACUUUAAUCAAAAAUCUUUCAAUGUUUUCGAUCUUCUGUCUGAUUCUUCUUCUGUAAAUGAUAAAACAGAUGACAGUGAUAACAAUCAAAGUGAUGUAGAAGAAAAUACCUUAAAUCAACAGAAUAGUACUUCUCCACACAAUCAUGGUAAUGAAACAAACAAUAAAAAAAAGAAUAGAAAGAAGAAUCGUAAGAAGAAAGUGGUAUCAAUCAUUGAAGAACAAAAUAAAAAAGAUAUUGAUGUCAAUUUAGAUGAAUUAUCUAUAUCAUUGAAUCUUCCAUGUAGUUCGAAUGACAAUCAAUCUACUUCCGCAUGUCUGGUUGAAACACCAAAUUCACAAACUAUAUUAAAAAUUCAACAAAAAUAUUUAAAUGCAGAAAAUGAAUUAAAAAGACUAUGUGGAAGUAGAGCCGUAAGUGACAAUCUCAUCAGUAACCAACGCAGAAAUAAAUCAUUAGUAUCCAAUAAUUUAAGAUGCUUUAAGAAAAUGUAUUUAACUGAAUCAUGUAAAUGGUCACCAUCAACAUCCUCGGCAGCUAUGAAAAAUUUUGGACUGUCUAUGGCUAUCGACAAUGAUGUAGCCAAUGAAACAAAUUCAAAAACUAACAUCCAAUACUUUGUGUUUGUUCAUGAUAACUCUUAUAAAGAAAUACAAAAGAAAUUCUUUGCUGCAGUUGAAAGUAAAAAUCCUCAAAAUAUAGUAAAUAUUGUAGUUGCAUAUCCUUAUCAUGUCGAUACGCUCAUACAAUUUGCAGAAAUUCACAAAUUAAAUGAAGACUUACAAAGUUCAGCUGAAUAUAUUGAACGUGCACUCCGUUGUCUAGAAUUUUCAUUUCAUCCAGCAUUUAAUAUUAUUUCUGGUAAUUGCCGAUUAUCAUACAAAAAACAAACAAAUAGAGCACUUUAUAUUGCUUUAUUUCAACAUUUGAUGUUUAUCGCUGGUCGAGCUUGCUACCGAACAAGUUUAGAACUUCUUAAAGUGUUACUUUCCUUUGAUCCAGAUAGUGAUCCAUUAGCUUGCAUUCUCAUAAUUGAUUGGUUAGCAAUUCGUGCUAAAGAAUAUCAAUGGUUUAUAGACUUUUGUGAAGUCUUCAAUAAAGAAAAAAAUCGUAAUCUUACACAAUUACCAAAUAUUGCUUACGGUUUAGCUCUUGCGUAUUUUCAUCUCCAAGAUAAUUGUGAAACUGCUGAUGAAUUGCUACAAAAUGCUCUUCUUAUGUUUCCCAAUGUUCUAUCAGGAUUAAUUGAAAAAUGUGGAAUUAAGCCUGAUAAAAAAGUAUUGAAUCAUAGUUACUUUUUUAAUAAUAAUAUUGAAAGUAAAGCUCUUAAAAAAAUUGAGGAUCUGUAUGUCGUACGUUCACACCAUCUUUGGAGAGAUAAUAAUAUUCUGGCUUGGCUUGAAAAAAAUGUUAAUUCUGUAAUUAAUAAAAUUGAUUCAAAUCAAGUUAAAGCGCAUAUUAAAUAUUGUGAAGUUAAAAGGAAACAACGAUAUCAAGGUCAAUUACCAAGAAAUAUAUCCAGACAUAUUAUCUUAUCAGAUAUUAAGGAAGUUACAUUGUCACAUCCUGAUAUUCAAGCUAACGAUAACAUUUUUUCGUAUGAUCCUUUGCCUCCAGCAGAUUCAAUAGAUGUUUACGAUAAUAAUACACGAUUAGCAAUAACAAAUAGAACGGAUACCAAUACAUCAACAAAUUCAAAUCUUUUGUCACUUUUCUUUUCAUCUUUAUUCCCGAAUGCUGAACAGAAUGAAAACAUCCAGGCUGUAAUAGAUCACUUACGUGAAAAUGAUCAAGAUGAAUUUGAUUAAAAAAUUUCAAGUAUAGAUGUAAGUAUAUUUAAAUUUAAUAAACAAUCAGAUGUACAAAAAA